AUGCGAUCAAUUCCUGUUCCGUCACUCCCUUGGCAAAUUGUUAGCCAAGAUCUGUUUGAAUACGAGAAUAAGGACUAUCUGGUCACAGUAUGCCACUUCUCUGACUGGAUUGAAGUUGAUCACUUACCAAACACCCUUGCUUCUACUGUUGUAAGGCACACCACAGCACACUUUUCGCGUUAUGGGAUCCCUGAAAUAUGCCAUACAGACAAUGGACCACAGUUCAUCAGCAACGAGUUCAAGAAUUUCGCCAAACAAUAUGGCUUUCACCAUACUCGCUCUGCUCCAUAUUACCCAAAAGGGAAUGGGCGUGCUGAAGCUGCAGUCAAAGUUGCAAAAAACAUGCUCAAAAAGUCUCAAGACUUCCAAAUAGCGCUUCUAAACUACAGAAAUACUCCGCAACAGGGACACUUGAGUUCCCCUGCACAAAGAAUGAUGAACCGAAGAACCCGAACUAUGCUACCAACCUCAAAGUCUGCACUUUUACCAUCACCCAUAGACGUAGCCAAUACAACACAACAGAUAAUUGACAAACGAAGAACAGCCAAGGAAAUAUACGACCCUCAUUCAGGACCAGUUCACGACAAACCAGACGUUGGCACAUACGCAUAUGCUAAACCACCUCCACAAAAACGGGGACAACCAUGGACGUAUGGACGAAUAAUCAGAAAAAAUGACAUGUCGUAUACCUUGCAAACACCACAGAAUACCAUUAUCACAAGAAACCGGGUUCACAUCAAACCAGCGGCAGCACCAUCCGGGCCACUGAGCAUACAUAAAACUGUCAUCGUACAACCUCAACAUACCACAGUCAAAACACGGUUGGAUCAAAUAACACCUGCACACAAUCAAGCACCUGUAACCCAUGUAGCACGACCUCUUCCAUCUGAACGACCACGUAGCAGUCCACAAGCAAAGCAAGCCUCAAUCGAAGAUUCGUCCAUGACACCAAUAAGGCCACAGAGAACAACUAAAUUACCAACUCGCUUGAAGGACUAUGUCAUGUCGUAA